UUAGCGCCUUUCAGUCGUGACUCGCAGAGAUAAAUGAUAGUUCGGAGGAGCGCGCAGUUAAUCAACGCUACGGCUGCCUUACAGCGUGUGCAACCCGCAGAUCAUUAGGUUAAAUGGAGGACAUUCGUGUCCUUCCAGAAUCAAUGCAAUUAUUGUUGGCAACAAGGACAACAAUUGGAGUGGCAGCACUAAUUUUACUAACCUGCUAUUAAUUACGGUGUCCCCCACGCCCCAGACGGCGUUUAUAACCCGGGGAAGCAAGCGGUGCUGGCUGCUUCUGUUUUAAAACGGGAAAAGUUGGAAGUGGAGUGCCUGGUCGUGUUGGAAAGUGUUAAUCAGUAGGAAAGAGUGUGAUCAGUGGAGCUAUUCACUUGAACGUCACUCUGGUACAGGGGGUUAGGGAAGUGGCUGCGGCGCCUGGGGACCGAAGGCACCGUGCCGCUCCGCUCAGGUACUACACACUGAGACAUGUCUGCGUUAGUUCCCCGUAGCUCCCUGCAAAGUCAGCCGGCGCAGACGAGAGGAGAGCAGCCCUGCCAUGGCACCGCCGUCGCUACGAGGUUUUAGCCGAAGCCUGGCGUGAUCGCAGCAUCUAGGGACCUGUGGUUACCAAUCAAUUGGUACAAUAGAGCAGAGCCAGGCUGCAAUAGCGUGCAGAUCAGACGUCUCGCCUUGUUUCUAGAUAACUGGGAGCCUCUGUACCAUGUCAUAUCCUCAGUUUGGCUACCCUUACUCCUCUGCACCCCAGUUCCUGAUGAGCACCAACUCCCUGACGACCUGCUGCGAGUCCAGCGGCCGGACGCUGGCCGAGACGGGGGCGGCCGCCUCCGCCCAGACCCCCGUCUAUUGCCCGGUGUACGAAAGCCGCCUGCUCGCCACCGCCCGACACGAGCUCAACUCCGCCGCCGCCCUGGGGGUCUACGGCGGCCCCUACGCCGGGCCCCAGGGCUAUGGAAACUACGUGACCUACGGCACCGAGGCUCCCGCCUUCUACUCCUUGAACAGUUUGGAGGCGAAGGACGGGAGCGGGUCUGCGCAUGCGGGCAUCGCCCCGGCGGCUGCCUACUACCCCUACGAUCACACCCUCAGCCAGUACCAGUACGACAGGUACGGCACGAUGGACGGCGGGACGCGGAGGAAGAACGCCACCCGGGAGACGACCAGCACGCUGAAGGCCUGGCUGCAGGAGCACCGCAAGAACCCCUACCCCACCAAGGGCGAGAAGAUCAUGCUGGCCAUCAUCACCAAGAUGACCCUCACCCAGGUCUCCACCUGGUUCGCCAACGCCCGCCGGCGGCUCAAGAAGGAGAACAAGAUGACCUGGCCCCCGCGGAACAAGUGCUCGGACGAGAAGCGGCCCUACGAGGAAGAGGAGGAGGAGGAGGAGGAGGAGGGUUCGCAGGAAGAGGCGAUGAAGAGCGGGAAAGCCGAGGAGCCCACGGGCAAGGAGGAGAAGGAGCUGGAGCUCAGCGACCUGGAGGACUUGGACGCCGCCGAGUCGGAGAGCUCGGAGUGCGAGCUGAGGCGGCCCUUCCCGCACCCGCACCCGCUCCCGCUCCCGCACCCGGGCGGCAGCCACCCGCCGCGGGCCGCCGAGCCCCCCGCCAAGAUGCCGCCGCCGGCCGCCGCCGCCGCCGGGGAGGAGGAGGCGGAGGCGGAGGCGGCGGCGGAGCGGGCGCGGAGCUGCCUGAAGGCGGCGGCGGCGGCGGCGGAGUGCGGCCCCGACCAGCUCGGCGCCCGGCAGCGCGGCUGCGAGUCCAAAAUGUGCUUCCAGCAGGGGCAGCAGCUGCUGGAGGCGAAGCCCCGGAUUUGGUCCCUGGCGCACACCGCCACCUCCCUCAACCAGGCCGAGUACCCCUCCUGCAUGCUGAAACGGCAGGGGGGCUCGGCCGCCGCCGCCGUCUCCGCCCCGGUCAGUGUCAUCGACAGGCACCAGGAUUCGCCGGUCACCAACCUCAGGAACUGGGUGGACGGGGUGUUCCACGACCCCCUCUUCAGGCACAGUACUUUGAACCAAGCCCUGGGCAACACGACAGUUUCCUGGGCUACCACCAAAGGAGCCAUUCUGGAAACGGGCGCCUUGGGACGCGCGGUGGGGAACGGCGCCAACGUGCUCAAGGGGCAGCUCUCAAACUUGGCCCACCAUGACUCAAACAAAGAGUUUCUGGCGUUUCCCAAAUCAGGAAGCAAAAUGUUUUGUUCCUAACAGGCCCGCCGAGGGGCAAAGGACUUUCUAGCGCUUGAAGAGUCAGCUACACUGAAAAGAGACUUGCGAGAGUUUAAAUUUAAAUAUAAAACUUUUCCUUUUUUUUUUUUUAAAAAAAAACCCCAACAGAAACGAGGAUUUAAAGUUCAGUUUGCUCAGUUCAACGGACAGACUUUGCUCAUCGCUGUUCUGAAGAAUUUCUCCUGGCUGCGACUUUAAGGGAUCAGUGUCGUGAAAGUUAUUUAAUUCCAUGUCCAAAAAGCACGUACUAUAGCGUAGACCUACUUAAAAAGUUUACAUCCGAAAGUUUACAAACGGGAAAUUUUAAUUCAGAUUUAAUUUAAGGCAUGCCGACAUUAGUUAUAAAGACUUCUCGAGAGUUUUUCCUCCUGAUUUCCUUGUUACCAUAUAAUUCACAAACAGCACUUCUACUAAGUUUACACCUACUGCACAAAUUUAUCUUGACGAAAAAAUAAGAGAAUAUGUUACAAGGUAUGUUCACUCCAAUAAAUUGUCUGUUUCAGAGGUA